CUGGCCGGCCCGUGAGGCCCUUGAGUUGUUAUGGCCCAUUACCAGGUCUAGUCACGCUACUGGCCGACAGUGCCGGAAACCCGUCCACGCGACGCCACCCACGCCGGCAACAGCGCCGCCCUUCCCACGCCGGCGCUGAUGGCGCCGCCGCCUCCACCUUCUGGGACGGUCCUCUUCCUGUACCUCCUCCUCCUCUUCCUCCUUUCGACUGCCGCAGCGGCAUCGGCAGCGGCGCCUGAGGAGGAGUUCACGGAGGAGCUGCUCCUGCGGCCGCUCCCUGACCGCAAGGCGCUGGCCCACUUCUACUUCCGCUCCUCUGCGCCCCCAGCUGCCACCGUCGGCCGGCACCACCACCUCUUCCCCAAGGCCAUCUCCCAGCUGGUCAAAAAAUAUCACAUUAGUGAGUUGGAGCUAUCUUUCACCCAGGGAAGAUGGAACUAUGAGCAGUGGGGUGGAUUUGAUCCUAUGUCAACAAGUAAUGCAAAACCUCCUGGUGUUGAGCUGUGGGCAGUUUUUGAUCUUCCUUCGUCUGAGAUUGAUGCAACAUGGAAGAACCUGACCCAUACACUAUCUGGCCUGUUUUGUGCAUCCAUCAAUUUUUUAGAGUCUUCCACUGCAUUUUCUGCUCCUCGUUGGGGAUUUAAAUUGAAUGAAGGCAAUUUGCGAUAUGGUGCAUUGCCUCGUGAAGCAGUAUGCACUGAGAAUCUGACACCUUGGCUGAAACUUCUUCCAUGUCGUGACAAAGCUGGGAUAGCUUCUUUGUUGUAUAGACCUUCAAUUUACAAAGGAUACUACCAUUCCCAGAAACUGAAACUAAGAUCAUCCCAGUCACUUGGUAUUAUUCUUGAUCAAACACUGACUGUUGUACUGCAACCAAAUACUAUUAAUGAUAAACAGCUGCAUUCUAAUCUAGGACAACUUCAGCCCAGCUGGUCCAUGAGACAUCUUUUCAACAGAAAGUUGUCAGGGAAAUGUCUUGUUUCUAAAUACAGCAGAAUAUUCAUAGAGUUUGAUAAAGGCAUUGUUGACAAAGUUAACAAAUCUGGAAGUGAUCUUUCUUGGAAUAAUGAAUUCUUUGUGUUGUCCAAUGGCCCGGACAGGUUGAUCAAAGGCCUAAAUAACUUGGAAGUUCAAUCUUCUUUUAUAUAUGAAUAUGAUGUUAGUAACUACAGUGAGGAAAAGCCUUUUGAUGUGGGCAUAACUUGGAAGCUUCCCCUGAUAUGGUCUUGCACCCCCUCACCUUUUCAUGCAAGCAGAUUUCUUAUGGGUAGUGGAAAUGAAAGAGGGUCAAUUGCUCUGUCCUUUACGUCCACUAAUCUUCAGAAGAUAUUUGGCAGCCCAAAUGAUUGUUCAAUAAAGGCAGUUAUUUUCCAGAUGGUUCCAUGGUAUGUUAAGGUCUAUUAUCACAGCCUAGAAAUUUUUAUAGAUGGGAACCGGAAAACUGUAUCAGAUGUAGUUGACAAGAUUCAUGUCACUCCUUCAGAAGACAAGCUUUUGCCUGGUACUCUGGAGAUGCUACUAAGAUUCCCUUGCAGCAUGCAGUCGGCUACUCUGACAUUGGAUUUUGACAAGGGAUUCCUGCAUAUAGAUGAAUAUCCUCCUGAUGCUAAUCAAGGAUUUGACAUUCCAUCAGCUUUGGUUAGCUUUCCUGAGUUCAACUCUGCUAGAAAUUACCCUGAAAUUGAUCCAUUACUUGGGUCUCCUUUACUAGAAAAUUUCCAGGAAGACACUGUUGUGAAGUCGUAUACAGAAGUAUUGCUCGUUCCCCUGACGACUCCUGAUUUCAGCAUGCCAUACAAUGUUAUCACCUUCACCUGCACUGUUUUAGCUCUUUAUUUUGGCUCAUUAUUGAAUGCAUUAAGACGAAGGAUCGGCGAGGAAGAGAGGGAGUUGACGAAAACAGCCACAAGGCAUGGGCUCAUUCGUCUGUUGCUAGCUAAGCUAAGAGGGCAGAAGGUCAAUCCUACGGAGUCAGGGUCUUUAUCCGAAUCGACUGGAUCAAAGAAGCUGCUAUUCAAGGUUGUACUUGUUGCAGUAGCUGCAGUUCUGUUUCACUAUUUCUCAAACAACAGUUGAUUAUAUCGAGAAUUUUGUGCUAGUUUGGACUGUGGAGCCACGGCGGUAGAAUGUAUACCAUCUGUAGCAUAUGUAUUGUGCCUGCCUGUAAAUUUGCUUGCAUCCAGGCAUUGUUUUGCCAUCCUGGAUUCUUGAAAGCAGCUAGCCGUCCCUUGGUUGCACCAGGUACAUUUUUCCAGGGACCAUGCACAUCUUCGAAGUUGAUGUAACCACCUCAUGCAGCGGCAUCUGUGCCUGAGCUUUAUUCUCGGCUUGAAUUGCUACCUAGAUACCUAAUCAGUGGGUCGAUGGUUUGUUCCA